GCGGAGCUGGAGGAGGUCCGAUGCGGGACGUCCUGUAUUACGGGGUCCCGGAUAGUGGCUGGUCGGGACCGCGACAGGCUGUGGGAGACCUGUGUCGGGUAACCAUGACAUUCGAGGACGUGGCCUUGUAUUUUUCAAAGCAAGAGUGGGAGCUCCUGGAGAAGUGGCAGAAGGAAAUGUAUCAACAAGUGAUGAAGACCAAUUAUGAGACCCUGGAUUCCCUGGGGUGCGUUUUCUCUAAGCCGGACUUGAUCUCCUGGAUGGAACGAGGGACAAUGCUGCUAAUCAGAGACCAGGGCUGCUUACAGCGAGCCAGAGGGACACUGGGCCCUCCCGCUGACGAGCACUCGGACCUGACGAAUGCUGGAAAGUCACUGCGUUUGGGUCACCGAGGAAGUCCCAGGGCCGAAGGAGAGGAAUGCCAUUUAAACAGUGUCCAGGCGCAGGGCCUGAGUGCUCCCUCACCAGGGGAGGAAACCGCAGCUUCACUGGGUCAAGCAGCCACCUCGAAACGUCGCCAAGACAUGGAGACUCCGCGUACAGACCCUAAUGUCACAGCAUCUCUCCAGGAAAAGACGGACCCGGGGCAUGAGGCGGGGGGUCCCCGGGGGCACCUGGAAGUCCCCCCAGGGCCAAGAUCCCAUUCCUGCUUCGUCUGCAGGAAGGUCUUCCCCAUCCAGAGAGACCUGGCAAAGCACAGAAGGAGCCACCCCAGGAGCCAGCCCCGUGAGUCCCCGCAGUACAAGGGCCAGGCCGGAAGGAACGCCGACCUCCCGUGGGCCCGGAGGAGCCCGGGUGAGAAGCAGCGCCUCCAGGGCGGCGAGGGCGAGAGCAGCUACCAUGGGAAGCGCAGCCUCAUCGCCCACCAGGCUGCUCCCACGGGGCGGCGGCCCUUCCAGUGCCCUGAAUGUGCCAAGACCUUUCGGCGCAAAGCCACUUGGGAGAAGCAUUGGUGUUUGUGCAAAGGGGAGAGGCCACUUUCCUGCCAGCAGUGCGGCGAGGGCUUGGCCCAGCAGCGCAGGCUCUCUGAGCACGGCGGGGUGCACGGCGGGGAGAAGCCCUUGUCUUGUCUCGAGGGCACCCAGAGUGUCUCCCGGAAGGCCGCCGCACAGGCCCACCAGAGGGCACACAGCGGGGAGAAGCCUUUCCCGUGUGACCAGUGUGACAGGACGUUCUCCCGCGAGGCUCACCUCGCUGAGCACGUCGGAGCUCACAGCGGGGAGCGGCCCUUCCAGUGUCCGGAGUGCAAGAAAGGUUUCCGCCUGCAGAGAAGCCUGCGAGCCCACCUGGGGCAGCACAGCGGGGAGAAGCCCUUCCAGUGCCCGGACUGUGGGAGGGCCUUCUCCUGGAAGAACGCCAUGAGGGCCCACCAGCGUCUCCACAGCGAGGAGAAGCCGUUCUCCUGUGCCGAGUGCGGCAAGAGGUUCACCCGGCCCUCCCGGCUCGCCCGCCACAGCCGCGUCCACAGCAGGCAGAAGGAGUUCUCUUGUGCCGAGUGCGGCAAGACCUUCCCUCGGCAGUCCAGGCUCACGGAGCACCUCCAGGUCCACGCCAAGGAAAAGCCAUUCUCCUGUGCCCAGUGCAGCCGGGGCUUCCGCCGACAGUCCCACCUCGCCGAGCACAGGAGGCUGCACGGUGGGGAGGAGCUGUUCCGCUGUCCUGAGUGUGACAGGAGCUUCUUCUGGAAGGCCUCCGUGAGGGUCCACCAGCGGGUGCACAGGGGCGAGAGGCCGUUCGCCUGCAGCGAGUGCGGCAGGGCCUACACCCAGCAGUCUCAGCUGGCCGAGCACGCGAGAAGCCACAGUGGGGAGAGGCCCUUCCCGUGUCCCGAGUGCGGGAAGGGUUUCCGUCUCAAAGGAAACUUGAAAAGCCACCUGCUCCAGCAUAGUGGCCAAAAACCAUUCUCUUGUGUGAAGUGUGGCAAAGGUUUCACCCAGCAGUACAGGCUCACAGAACACACUCGAGUCCACAGUGGCGAGAAGCCCUUCCAGUGUCCACAGUGCGACAAGAGCUACUGCAUCAGGGGAAGUCUGAAGGUCCAUCUGCACACGCACAGCGGACAGAAGCCCUUCAGGUGUGCCGAAUGCGGCAAAGGCUUCCUCCAGAAGAGAAGUUUGAAGUCCCAUCUGCACCAUCACAGAGGGGAGAGACCUUUUUCUUGUGAUGAGUGUGGGAGGAGCUUCACGUACAUGGGGGCCCUGAACACCCAUAUUGCUGCAGCACACACCAGGGAGAAGCCCAUCGGCCUCUAGGUCGAGCCACACAGGCAGUGAGCAGUGGCGGCCGUUAGGUGGGCCCGCAGAUCUGUUGGCUCUGGCUGAGGCAGGAUGAAGAAUUCACGGAACGCUGGCUUCAGACACACGGGCCAGCUGCGUACAUAGUAGGCAGGGUGUGGCGCCUCCUUGACAAAGGUUCCAGAUGAUCCAGGCGCGACAGUCAUCUCCCCUCUGUAAUCGUCAUGGGCAGGGCCUGCCAGUCGUGGAAGGAACGUCUUACUCUGUUUCAUCCACUGGUGUGUCAUCCAAGAGCAAGGUCAAUCCCGUCGUUACAAUCUGAACCCGCAGCCUCUGAACAAAUGUGGCAGACAGAACUCUUGCCCCCAAACACCUCAGCUUGCUUUCCAUUAGCAGGCUGCCUUGUGUGGUGGGAGUUUUCCGUUUUCUCUCAUUGUGAAUUUUCAUUUUCUUGCAAAUGGCUGAGAGGGCAUCUGUGUCUUGGGGGCAUUUUUCUACAUUGUUCCGAAUAAAUGUCAUUUACCAUCUAAUUUGUUAAAA